AUGCAAAGUUCCCCCAGGGCCAAAGGAACCUCUGGAAACACAUUCAUGCAGGCACUUGAGCGGCGUCUUGGAGUCGUGGCAGCGCAAGGUGCAUCUUCACCCCCAGUCCAUGUACAGCAGAAUGCUCCUUGGGGCCUGUCUCGUAUCUCUCAGCCAAAGCGGCCGCUUAACGAUCGUUGCUACGAAUAUGCCUCCACUGGAAACGGCGUCAAUAUAUAUAUCGUGGACUCUGGGGUGGACGUCAGGCAUCCAGAGUUUGAGGAUCGCGCUAAGAUUGUUUUUGUGGCGCCUGGGCUAAUGAGGCCUGACAAUAAAGCCCCGCCCCCGGAUUGCUCAGGCCAUGGCACAGAGGUGGCCUCUGUGGCUGCCGGUCGACUUAGCGGCGUCGCCAAACAUGCGCGGAUACUGGCAUUACAAGUACUCUCGUGCAAUGGUCAGGGUCGCAACUCAGAUCUGAUCGCGGCGCUGGAGUGGAUAGCUGCCAACUACGAACAUCCGGGGAUCGUCAACCUCUCGCUGGGUGGCCCGCGCUCAACCACGCUUGACAUGGUAGUUGAGGCUGUUAUUGCCCGCGGAAUCCCUGUCGUGGUUGCAGCAGGAAACGACGGAGCCAAUGCUUGCGAAUUCUCGCCCGCAAAUCUGCCCCUUUCUAUGACGGUGGGCGCAUCUACACAAACAGACGAGCGCGCAGAAUUUUCAAAUUACGGAAAAUGUGUCAAAAUCUUUGCACCGGGAUAUCGAAUUCAAGUAGCCAAGGCUAGAAUCGAACAUGCAGAUGGUGCUAGCUCACAUGGUGGAAUUUCUACCAGUGCAAGCGCCUCCCCUUAUGUACUUGCUAUGACGGAAUCAGACUUCCGGAGCAAGUGGGGCAGAUUUGACGAUGACAAAGAUGGCAAUAGUGAUGGAGAAUUCGACGAGCGAAACAGCGGCGACUUUGUACUUUCCUCUGGCACAUCUCUAGCAGCGCCCGCAGUGGCCGGUGUUGCUGCUCUUAUCAUGGAGCGGCAUCCAGAAAUUCCGAUUCCCAGGCUCUGGUCCCUAGUUCGCGCUAUCUCUCAAAAAGAUUCCAUUCACGCCUCGACUCUCAAAGGUUCGCCCAAUCUGCUGCUACAGUCUCCGCCCGGCAUCAAUGUUGAUCUUCUUGCACUUGACGAUAGUGCAAAUGGCUGGGAUGGAUUCCGGAUUGGAAAUGGAGACUCCACACAUGGCGCUAAUUCCCUUAGUAGCCUUUCCCCUUUUACAUGGUCGUGGAUCUUGAUCUCAGGACUGAUGAUUUUGGGCCUUUUUGGCAUGUUUGGAAUUCUUGCUGGGGCUCGAAUUAUUAAGAGCAAAAAGGAGGUAAUCACGCGAGGCCGCUCCCAUUACAGAGACGACCCGUGGAUAACGUCCUCUGCUCCAUCCAGAGGCCGCGCCCUAGCUGUAUAUUAA